AGAUUAUCUACCAGCUAAUUCAUGUUUCUGAAAUAGAACGAUAUCACUUGGCUGUGUUCGUGGAACUCUAGUUGUCAACUCUCCUGCGUCACACCUACAGAUGUUAUCAUCUCAUAAAUUAUGUAUUUCAGCAACACGUGGUAUGGUUACUGAUACACAAUGAUCCGCCUCAUGACAUGUAAUCAUCGCUUAGCGUUACAACAAAACAAGAGUAUUCAGAAGGCCACGCUAACCGUUAACAACACGAAUAUCUCUACCCACAGCUUGUGACUAGACGUCCUAUUUCGUCGAAAUGGCAGGAACAAAGGGACAUGCGAGCACUGACCGACUGACGGAGGAACAGAUAGCCGAGUACAGGCAGGCUUUCGAUAUGUUUGACCAAAACGGAGAUGGGCACAUCACCACUGCCGAGUUGGGAAACGUGCUGCGGGCGCUGGGGCAGAACCCAACUGACGCCGAGCUUCGGGAUAUGAUAAAGAAGGCUGACGUGGAUGGCGAUGGAACCACUAAUUUCUCGGAAUUCCUGCGCCUCGUUUCUCGAAAGAGCACACGAGAAAACACGGAACAGGAGCUACUGGAUGCAUUCCGUGCAUUCGACAAGGAUGGUAACGGGUACAUCACUAAGAGGGAGCUGCGUCACGUGAUGUCCAGCCUGGGGACGGAGCUGACGGAGGAAGAGUUGAUGAAGAUAAUCCGGGAGGCAGACAGGGAUGGGGAUGGGCAGAUCAGCUAUCAAGAGUUCGUCAAGGCGGUGGCCAUGAAAUAAAGCUGCAUAUGGUAACUUUUAAACCCCCACUGUUACAAUGUGACCAAUAAGGGCAACUUGGCAAUAAAGAUGGUGUA